AUGGUCGCCAUACCUACUCUCUCUCUCCUAUUGGUCCUGGCAGAGUGGGCAGGUCUGGUGGACGCCUCCCCCCACCUCCUGCUCCGGCCCAGCCCGCGGGAGCGUGAUGCAGGGGCCAUGAUGAACUUCAACAUCGCCGUGAUCCACGCCGGUGCCACGGUGCAAGCAGAGGCGGCGGUGGCGUGGCCUGGGGGAAGGGUGCUCUACCCCGGCUUCGGCCGGGUAUACGGCUCCCUGGGGGAGAGCGUGGUCACCCAGUGGGGCUCUGCUAACGUCAUCUGGCUACAGGUGAAUGACAGUAGUCCUAAAACCGUGCUGUCCCAGCUGUGUGAGCUGCUAGCGGCGCGGCCCCUGCAGGGUCUGGUUUACGAAGAGGAGAGGCCGCCUCGCACAGCCUGGGGUCCUUUGGCCCCCAUGCUGGAGUUUGUCUCUGCACAAACAGGACUGCCCAUAGUGGCUGUAGGAGGGGGAGCGGGGCUGGGGAGGAUGCCACAGGAAUCAGGUUCCAUCUUUCUCCAGUUCAGCUCCUCCACUGCCCUCCAAUUAGAGGUCAUCUUUGAGGUGCUGGAGGAGUAUGACUGGACUGCCUUUUCCGUGGUGUCCACGCGUCACCAUGGCUACCAGGAUUUCCUGUCUGUGGUGGAAGGCCUGACGGAUGGCUCGUUUAUCGGCUGGGAGAAGAAGAGUGUGGUGAUCCUGAACGUGACCGACGACCCUGGGGGGGCACGCACGCGCAGGCUGCUGAAGGAGAACGAGGCGCAGGUACGUUUGCUGUACUGUUCCCAGGAGGAGGCCGAGCUGGUUUUCCGAGCCGCCUGGGCCGCCGGCCAGGCUGGAGCCUCACACAUGUGGUUUGCUGUGGGGCCAGCUCUCUCAGGUUUGGGCAUGGAGAGCCUGCCCCGGGCUCUCUUUGCUGUGCGUCCCCAGGGCUGGAGGGACGAACCUCGCCGGAGGAUUGCCCGGGGUGUGUCUGUGCUGACUCACGGGGCAGUGGCGAUGCGCAAGGAUUAUGGAACCACGGGUGGGCCAAACUUUGUCACCAACUGCAUGACGGAUGCCAAUCAGACCCAGAGACUGCGGGGCAGGAUGAGGUAUUUCAGCAACAUCACACUUGGUGGUCGAGACUACUCCUUCAAUAGUGAUGGUUACCUGUCAAACCCUUUCCUGGAUGUAAUUUCCUGGACACCUGGACGUGGAUGGGAAGAUGUAGGCUGGUGGGAGAACGGCGUGCUGAGGCUGCGGUACCCGGCCUGGUCCCGCUAUGGGCCAUUCCUUAAACCACCGGAUGAUGCCCAGCACCUGCGCGUUGUCACGCUGGAGGAAAGGCCAUUUGUCAUAGUGGAGCUGGCAGACCCUGCAUCUGGGACCUGCAUCCGUGACUCAGUGCCCUGCAGACGACCCCUUAAUGCCAGUGCAAUCCAUGAGGGUGUGGCUCCCAUGAAGCAGUGCUGCAAAGGCUUCUGCAUUGACAUCCUCAAAAGAUUGGCCAAGAUUGUUGGCUUCACCUAUGACCUUUACUUAGUGACCAAUGGGAAACACGGGAAGAAAAUUGAUGGGGUUUGGAACGGCAUGAUUGGAGAGGUGGUAUACAAGCGAGCGGACAUGGCCAUUGGCUCGCUGACCAUCAAUGAGGAGAGGUCAGAGGUUGUGGAUUUCUCAGUCCCUUUUGUGGAGACGGGGAUCAGUGUCAUGGUCUCUCGUAGCAAUGGAACUGUAUCACCAUCCGCUUUCUUAGAGCCCUACAGUCCAGCAGUGUGGGUGAUGAUGUUCGUCAUGUGCCUGACCGUGGUGGCUGUGACCGUCUUCAUUUUUGAGUUCUUCAGCCCUGUGGGCUACAACCGCAGUCUCCAGAAUGGCAAGAAGGCUGGAGGGUCUACUUUCACUAUAGGAAAGUCUGUAUGGCUUUUGUGGGCCAUUGUCUUCAACAACUCUGUGCCAGUGGAGAACCCCAGAGGAACCACCAGCAAGAUCAUGGUGCUGAUCUGGGCCUUCUUUGCUGUCAUCUUUCUGGCCUCCUACACUGCUAACCUGGCUGCUUUCAUGAUCCAGGAGGAGUACAUUGACACAGUGUCAGGCCUUUCAGACAAGAAGUUUCAGCAUCCAGAGGAGCAGUACCCACCUCUGAAGUUUGGCACAGUGCCCAACGGGAGCACAGAAAAAAACAUCCGCUCCAACUACCCAGACAUGCACCAGUACAUGGGCAAAUACAACCAGAAAGGAGUGGAGGACGCCAUACUCAACCUCAAGACCGGGAAACUGGAUGCUUUUAUUUAUGAUGCUGCAGUAUUGAACUAUAUGGCCAGGAAGGACGAAGGUUGUAAGGUGAUGACCAUAGGCUCGGGGAAGGUUUUUGCCACCACAGGCUACGGUAUCGCCCUGCACAAAAACUCACGCUGGAAACGUCCUCUUGACCUGGCCCUGCUGCAGCUGGUGGGAGAUGAUGAGAUUGAGAUGCUGGAGCGCCUCUGGCUGUCAGGUAUUUGCCAUAAUGACAAAAUUGAGGUGAUGAGCAGUAAACUGGAUAUUGACAACAUGGCCGGGGUCUUCUACAUGCUGCUGGUGGCUAUGGGCCUCAGUCUGCUGGUGUUUGCCUGGGAACACUUGGUCUACUGGAAGCUGCGCCACUGCAUGGCCACCAGUUCUGGGAAAUUGGACUUUCUUCUAGCAAUCAGCAGGGGCAUGUAUAGCUGUUGUAGCUUUGAGGAUGAAACAGCGCCAGGUGGAGCUAAAUCUUUGCCUACUCAUCACCACACUGCAAUGGUUACAGUCCCAUCCCAGCCACAUGUUGUUUCAACAUCUAUGACCAACCCAGCUAUUGCCAUGGCGCAACAGCAGCAACCACCACAACAGCAGCAACCACAGCCCGCCUACAAAACACCUCUACCGGGCUCUCCUCCCACCGUGGUGCAUUCUGGGACAGCACUGGGUCCCUCCAACACCCCCAUUGCUGGUGCACCCCUCCCUUGCUCCACCUUCCUGCCUCGGCCAGACCGUAGACUGGCUGUCGUGGAUCGUUGGAGGCUGCCCAAAUCUGCUACAGCUACCAACCCUAUGGCUGUAAGGGGGACCAUCACUGACAUGGGACCCUUUGCUCAGAAAGUCCCACCAAACUGGGCUUCAUCUACUGGAGGGGGUGGGGGACUUGAUGGCUAUAAGAGAUACUAUGGUCCCAUUGACCCUGAGGGACUGGGGCCCUGCAUGGAGCAGCAGGCAGGGUCCCAGACCCCCAAGACUAUGCCCAGGGGGGCCGUUAAGUCUCUGGGCACUCCUAGACUGCCUCCUAAGAGUCAGGCCCCUCUGCCUCCUACACCCCCACUGCCACACCCCUCUCCCCCUCUCCCCUCAUCCUUCUGGAGGAAGCGCAGGCCCAAGAAGCCCAAAGAGCCUGGAGGGCCACUGUAUGAGAACAUUCUGCCCCUGGGGCGGAGGGGAGGAGCACGAGAUGGAGUGAGGGAGGGAGGAGGGAGGAGGGCACGCCCCCUCUCUCCCCCGCUCUCACUUCCUGUGCCAGUACCCCUCAGCCCCUCCUAUACCCCUCCUUCUCCGUCUGCCUCCUUGCACUACACGUCCUCAUCCUCUUCGUCAACCAUGUCAUCCACAUCCACAUCUUCAUCUGCCUCAUCCUCUCGCUCCACCUCUCCCACCUACUCUUACAGCUCCUCCAGGAGCACGCGAGAAAGGACUGGAGGAAUAGAUGGAGAGGAUGAUGAUGACGAUGAGGAGCUGACAGAGGAGUCAAGCCUCCUCCUUGGCAGGGGGAGGGAGAGAGAACGUUCAAUCAUCCGGCCUCGUUCCCUCAGCCAUGGGCGCCUGCCUCCACCUAUACCCCCCAGGAAACCACGCACAUCCUGGGGUGACAGAGAAAGAGAACGAGAAAGGGAGAGAGGGGGGAGCCAACUGUCUCAGCUCCAAGAGUGGUGGGCAAGCUGGAGUGAGAGAGAGAGGAGUGGAGCAGGUGGAGAUUCUGAGAGGCAAAAAAGGGAAAAGAAGAGGAGAAAAGAGAAGGAGAAAGAGAAGAAGAAAAAGAAAAAGAACAAAAAGAGGAAAAAGAGGGAAGAACGGGAAAGAGAGCGAGAGAGAGAAAGGAAGCGGCGAAAAGUGAAAAAGAAGAAGAAGAAGGCACUGAAGACAAAGAAGAGGGGGAAAUCCACUGGAGGAAAACGUUCUGAGCCAGAGGAGGGAGAUGUAGAGCCGGAGAGGGAAGGAGAGGCAGAAGGAGAGAGGGAAGGAGGAAUACAAGACUACUCCUCCUUUUCAGCUCAGUAUCGGAGCACAUUUGGGGAAAAAGGGCGGGAUUCAUGGGAAGGAGAUAGGGAGAGAGGCAGGAGAGAAGGAGGAGACGAGGGCAAUGACAGGGAAGAGGAGGACAGCGGCAGAAGCAGAGAGAGGCAUCCCAAAUCUUCACACUCUCAUUUCAGACAUCGUACCCCUAGUAAGCGCUACCCUAACCUCAACAAACUCCCUGCAUCAGUCAAAUUUUGGGUGAACGGAAGAGGAGAUGACUCCAAUACUCCUCCAACAUCCCUUCACCCACUCCUUCCAUCCUCCAAGCGGAGACGAAGUGGGGGGAUGGACAGAGAAGAUAGUGGUAGAGUUGGAGAGCGGCGUCCUUUGUUAAUGCAUUAUGAAAAAGAGAAAGCACAGACAAGAGAAGGCCUGUCCUUCCAUGAGUGGGACUCAGAAGAUGAUGAGGAUGAUAAUAAUGAGGAAGAGGAAGAGCGGGAGAGACUGAGGGAGCGGGAGGAAAGGGGAAGGAGAGCAGGUAGGGGAACAGUGUCUGAGUCAGAGAGGGACAGGGCCAGGGCAGAGGACAGUUAUUCAGAUGAGGGCUCAUCAGGGGAGUUUGGCCAUUUUGAAAGGUACUGGGAUGGAGGCGCAGGAGGAAGCAGUACUGGAAUAGGAGGCAUAGGUGGAGGAGGCUGGUUCUUUGGCACCUACCCCUCCAGAGAGAAGGGGGGCAGUAUCAAUAGUCGAGAUGAUUCCUUACUAGGGACUCGGGCAGAGGGAUGGAUUGGUGCUGAUUUCUGGGGUUCAGGGACAGGUGUAGGUUGGGGAUCAGAGGGAGGGAGUGGAGGGCUCGGCUCACAGUGGCCGCCACCCCCCGCAGCCUUCCCUCCUCCCAGAAGAUACUGGUCAAUGGACAAGAUACCCGUGAAGGGAGAGAGAUGGAAGAGUGGAGUUGGGAAGAGCAAGGGGAGAGCGAGGGACACAGGGGAAGAAGCAGGAAGGGCCACCAUGUGUUCCUGUAACCUUUACCCCCAACCCCAUCCCUACCCACAUCCCCACAGUCGCUCACACACCUCCCACUCCAAGAGAGGAACCACAGCGCUUUCCCAUAGCCAGGAAGAGCUUCUCCCCCACUGCCACAGCUUCAGCGGGGGCUCUCGCCCCAAGCCUCUGCCUCCCAAACCAGAUCCCAUUCAGGCCAAAUCUGGCAGCCAAUCUAACCUCAGCCUCAGCACACAGCCCACAGACCAUCCACCUCAGGCUUCACCGUCGCCACCCCAGGGGCCGUCCAUGUCUCCCACCUCCCUCCCGAUGCCCAUCCCGCCUCCGCCCUCCUCAUCCUCCGUCUCACCACCAGCAGGGGUUGGGAUGGCAGGCCAGGGCCAGGCCCAGGCCUCAGCCAGUGCCAAACUCCAGUAUCAGAGACUACGCUCGGUGCCACAGCCACGGAGGUUCUACUCCCCCCACCUGCCACUCAAAGCCAAGAGCCUGUGCUCGCGCCGAGGGUCGGCCCAUUUCUCCAGCCUGGAGAUGAGGGCGACAGUGAGACGCCACACCAGGGUGAGCUACAUCCGUUUGGAUGGUUCCCAUGAUGACGAGAGUGAAGGCGAGGCUGCAUCACAGAGGACAGCAGCCCCAGAACUUCUCCUCCGCUCAGAACUGAGCUUUGUGAUGUCAUCUUCGGUUAUCCUCCCCUCCCCGAGUCACAACUAUGGAUAA